UGUGCACUGAACAAACAUGUCGGCCAAUCAGAGAGCGUAACAAAAAGUGGGCGUGGCCCGUCCGGAAAGUCCGUGAAGAAAACAAGAGCAAACAUUGAAGCCGUGGUCGACAUGAGUUCAUGACAAACUCCACACAACUAUUUUAUUUAUUCUUCUUUUAAAGAUGGUCCUAUGAGAUAAUUUAGAAGAAGAGUACCAUGGCUUUUGUUGAGGAGCAGCCGGAAAAGAACUGCUGGGUGUGUUUUGCUACUGAGAAUGAUGACCACAGUGCGGAGUGGGUGAGUCCGUGCCGGUGCAAAGGUUGCACCAAAUGGAUCCACCAGUCGUGUCUUCAGCGCUGGUUGGACGAGAAGCAGAAAGGAAGCGACGGCGGCCUCGGCGGCGUCUGCUGUCCCCAAUGUGGCACGCGGUAUUGCAUCAUCUUCCCCAAGAUAAGUGCGCUGGUUUACUUCCUGCAGCAGGUGGACCGGGCGCUCUCACGGGCCAGUCCGGUCGCUGCCUUCGGCGUUCUGGUUGGAACCGCGUACUGGUCCGCUGUCACGUACGGCGCCGUGACGGUGAUGCAGGUUGUAGGGCACAAGAAAGGUUUAAACAUGAUGGAGCGGGCUGACCCACUUUUCCUACUCAUGGGUCUGCCCACCAUUCCUGUCAUUCUGGUCUUGGGGAAGAUGAUCCGCUGGGAGGACUUUCUGGUCAGGCUGUGGUUAAGAUUUUUCUAUCAGCGACAUGGCGUGAGAGGCUACACGCCCCCCGUCCCGGCUACAGGAGACCACCUGUCUGUGUCUCGUACUCUGUGUGGCGCUCUGGUCCUGCCUUGGAUCUCCAGUCUGCUCGGACGUCUUCUCUUCAGACGAGCGACUUCCAGCCUGCAGCAGACCAUCCUGGGUGGCGUCGCGUUUGUGCUGUUGAAGGGCUCGUUAAAAGUGUACCUGAAACACCAGGAGCACGUCACUCAGGCUGAGCGACGCAUCCUCGACUACUCCGACACCUCGCCGGACCCCUCCAGUUCAUGAGGGUCCCUUUUGAGACCAAGAACUGGACCUGCUCAUACACUGGUUUAAAAAAACAAAAAAAAGCUGAGAAGCACAAGAUGAAUACAAAUGUACAGAAAGAAAAAGAAUGAAAUACUUUGAUAAAUCACCUGUUAACCUCAGAAAUUCAUAAUAUGGUUAUUUUUUUGUUCAAA